AUGAUUAACGCGGUGCCGGAGACAGAGGGUACUGUUCCUUUGAUGGGUGUGAGGAUGAAUGACAAUGCCAGCACUGUGCUUGUUGGUCUGUUCUACACGAAGGACAAGAAGUGGAGUUUCAAACUUGAUAAUGUUGAUGCUGAAGUGGAGGAUGACGAUGAUUUUAAGUGGACAAUAAACAAAACCUAUCAAGUGGUGGUGAAAAUGAAUACAAACGAGUGGUAUGUGCACGUCGAUGGAAUGAAGAUUUACAACGGGGAAUGUGGCGGCACUCUGUUCAAUUCACACCGGAUCUCACACUUCUACUUUGGUGGCGACAGUGCGGCGGAGGGCAGAACGACCAGCCACGAUGUGACGGUGACGAACGUCCUGCUGUACAACAAAUUACUUGUUUGUGAGGAGAUCGAGGAACCGAAUGCUGGCAAAUUCACUUUUCCACAGCCGGCUGCGGAGGAACCAGUCGUGGAGCCGCAUGUGUUUCAGCCACUCAGCGAUGCUGUGCAGGGGCCUAAAGAUGCCCACAUCGGCGACCAAGCGUAUGACGGGGGAGUUGUAUACGAGGGAGACGCCGAUGCCAGGGAUAACCCUCCGGCUACUGCGGUGCCACCACCACCGCCGUCGGGUGCAGCACAGCAGCAGGUGGCAGCAGCUCAGCUGGCAAUCAGGGCAUUGCUGACCAGAAGGAAAGUGUGCGGCCUGUCAAUGGCGGGAAGGUGCCGGGUCGUGAGGACGGAGAAGCUGCAAAGGAGCAAACAAACGAUAACGCAGCAGGUGCCGCUCUACCAGGCGCUGGCACCGCAGCAAGCGGAGCUGCAAACGCCAGUGGGGAGCAAAUGUCUGGCCCCGGAGCAGAGACCGUUGCACCUGAAGCGGCGGUGGCCCCAGGCGGCAGCUCUGCUGCAAACAAUGACGCCGGGCAGGCUCUCACGAAGGACACAAGCGACAUUUCUCCGUCUGGCUCAGUUGAGCUGUCUAAUGGAGACAAU